AAGACACUGCCGAAUGCGUCUUAAAAUUGUCCGCAAAAUAUUUCGUAGAGAAAAAAGCUCUAAGCGGAAGCAUCGUCAUAAUCAAUAUUAACUCUUAUGCUUCUACGACGCAGAUGCUAUUAUUGCGCACCAUCCACAGCGGCAUUAAAUAUUCCGUUAUGGUAAAAGAUUCAUUCUAUAAACAUGCUAACGCGUCCCAUUUCCCCGAGAAAGCUAAAAAUUAUAUGUUGAUUUUAGAAGAGAAAUCUGAGCUCGUAAGAAACAUCCUGCAGCUGAAUAAGCUGCCAACUUGGAAUCCUUUAGCUAAAGCUAUUAUUUAUUAUCAACUCUUGCCAGAUGAAGAUGGUGAAACAAUCGCAAAGAAAUUUAUCAACGAACUGAGAGAAUACAAGCUUCUGAAAAGCAUAGUCUUUAUUUAUUCCCCAGACGAUGCAGGAUUGAUUUCAUAUACGUGGGCGCCUUAUAGCGAUACGAAUUGUGGAGGUGAAUGCGAUUCCGUUUAUAUUCUAGAUACAUGUAAAAAUAGCAUUGUGUGACAGAAGAAUGCUCAGAGAGAAAUGUUUCCACUUAACAUGAAAAAAUGUCCUCUUGUAACACAAGCUAUUAUCUCGGAACCUUACGUUAUGCCACCAGUCCGCCAAUUAACAAACACUCCCUACCCCGAUGCUUACGAAUUCCAAAAAGGCGGUGAAAUCAAUCUAGUGAAACUGAUUAGCGAGUUCACAAACAUGAGCCUGAUUGUGAGAAUAUCUGAUGUACCGGAAAAUUGGGGGCUCAUUUACCCGAACGGGACGGCGACGGGCGCUUAUGGGAUCCUACGGAACGACUCGGUUGAUUUGGUGAUCGGUGACAUAGAAGUUACGAGGACCAUCCGCAAGUGGUUUUAUCCAACCGUGAGCUACACGCAGGACGAGAUGACGUGGUGCGUGCCCAAGUCUGCCCAAGCGUCGACUUGGGACAAUUUGGUGAUCAUAUUUCAAUGGACGACGUGGGUGGCUACGUUGCUGAGCAUAGUCACAAUGGGAAUAAUUUUUCAUUAUAUUUAUUACAGAGAGAAUGAUAGGAAAGUGACAAAACUACCUACUAAUUCGUUGCUAUUCACGUUUAGUAUGAUACUAGGAUGGGGCGCAUCGUUUAAACCAAAGAGUGCAACGUUCCGGAUCCUAAUCUUUACUUGGUUAUUCUUUGGUAUGAUCAUGUCCAUAUCGUACGAGUCAUUUCUGAGAACUUUUCUAAUGCACCCGCGAUACGAAAAGCAGAUAAGCUCUGAGACUGAUCUCAUCCAGUCCGGCAUUCCUUUGGGAGGUAGAGCGAUCUACAGAUCCUAUUUUGAGACUAAUAACGCAAGUUCGUUUUAUUUGUAUCGCAAAUACAUCUCGACGAGUUUCUCUGAAGGGAUUAAACGGGCUGCUUUGGAGAGGAAUUUCGCCGUAGUGACAUCGCGUCGUCAGGCGGAAUAUCAGGAUCAGAAACUAGGGAAAGGAGAGCAGCUUUUAUACUGUUUUAAAGAAGGCAACAAUCUUUACAAAUACGGUGUAGUAUUGCUUGCACGGCGCUGGUUUCCUAUGCUAGAGCGCUUUAACAAUAUCAUACGCAGUGUAUCCGAAAAUGGACUUAUAGAGAAAUGGAAUCAAGAAUUGUUUAUUCAUACUGUGGGCGUGGAUGGGACAAGCAAAGUAGUGCCUCUAGGUAUUCGGCAUUUAUUGGGUGCCUUCAUAUUUAUAGGUAUUAUGUACGCGGCUAGCAUUAUAGUGUUUGUAGUGGAGUUGCUUUUGAAUGUUUCAAAGAAACGUAAAAGUAAUAAGCCCAUUGCCAUGCCUGUUUAUCGAGUAAAGGCAGUUCAAGGCGAUAAUAAAAGCAAGUUGCAGUUAUCAGACUAUGAGGGUGGGUCUAAUCUGUUUUCCUAGGUGAUUGGUUGAAUGCGACCGGUUUCGGCACUUGCGGCGUGGUACGGCCUAUGAAUUUAGGUACCUACUUAUUUCAAACUCUCUACUUGACACUUUUGACAGCGUACUAAAGUGACAGUGGCACUAUUUUAUAUUGUACUUAUAGCUAACAUUAAUCUUCGUAAGGCUUCAUUCGGAUGGAUGGAAAAUGCAAUUUCAACGGGGCUUAAUUCGUCACUUCGCAGGCAUGGCUUAUCUAGGUAAUUAAGAGGCCUAAUUACCCUUAAAAUUUGAAAUAACAACGUACUUAAGUAUAGUUGUGAAACUAUCAACAUAUGUGAAAUAUUGUUAGAGAACACGAUUGUUAGAGGUUAAAAAGUGUUAUUUUUUUCUAAUUAUCAACCGCUUUUAAGACUCAGAUGUUAAAUUGAGCUAAGUAUUUAUUAUAUUAACCAUAUCGUUGAUUACUUAAUAUUUUCUUAGAUACAUAGCUAAUACAAACAAGUUGAUUAAAUACUGUUGUUUAGUUUAGCACUAUAUUUGUCAUACGAAUUUAGUUCAUUACAUUACAUGUAUCCUAUUUA